GGAGGGGACAGAGAGAGAGUGAAAUCAAGUCAAGGUCAAGGAGCUAGGGCUCCUUCUGCUGUAGCAGUGGUCAGUGGAUCCCAUGUUAUAAUUCCCUUAUUUGUGAGUUUUUAAAUUGCCCCAGGGAUUCCUUCAGCUUUAUUUGGACAUGUAGAGGCCAUUCUUCCAUAACUGGGAUCUCUGACUGCGACCUCUUCUUAAAUAGUGUAUGGUCCAUAAAGAGUCAGACUGAAUUUCCUUGCUCCUGAGGGGCAACACUGGCUCAGAAAAGGGCUCCUUACCUGUAGAGGCUGGGUCGUUUCCUGACCCUCAGCGUUCUGAUCUCCUAAGGAUCCUUCUGUUUCCCUUCCUGAAGCGGCUGGGGAGAGUGAAACAGGGACUGGCUGGAUGGAAGGUUCUCAUGGGAGGGGCCAAGUCCCUGACCCUCAUUUUACAGGGUAUCAUCAGGGCUGAUGGCCUUGGCGGCAUGUCACACCCAUAUGGCACUUUUUAUCCCAUCACCUCACUUAAACCUUCCACAUCUGUGAGGAAAGCAGGGUAGGGAUUGUGAUUCCCAUUUUACUGAUGUGGAAACUGAGAAGGGAUUUGUGGGACAGUAGCAAGCUCAAGGCAAGUGCCAGGUCUCCUGAUUCCUAGUCUAAGGUUUUUUUCACCCUCGCGAUCCCAAAUUUUGGUGAGAAUCAGAACAUUUUCAUUAUACAACUCUCAUCAAAAUAAAAUGCACCUGUGCCCACAAGCACUUUCUGAGGAAGCAGGGUGGGUUCCUGGGACACUUCUCCAGGGCGGGCUGAGCCCGGGGUGUCCCGAUGCUCGCGGCUGGAGAUCCCUGUGUGAAUUCCCUCCUAGACUCGGACAGAAGACCGAGCAAGCCCACAGCUUCCCCUGGGUGACCGGCAGGGCCGGCUUGGUGCCCGGGGAUGAAACAAAGCGCAUGAUUGUCCGCCGACUUCCCCCUUAUUACCAACCCCACCCUUCUUUCCUCCCAUCCUCUCUGCCCAUUCUGACUUGCCGUCACCCUGCCUUCAGCUGGAGAUCAACGACAUGACCAAGGUGUGGGGCCUGGAAGUGGACCGAGUGGAGCUGACGGUGGAGGCCGUGCUGCAGGCGCCCCCGGAGACCCCCGCUCUGCCCGGCCUGGACAGCGCCAUCCAACAGCUGGCGCUCCACUUCUUUGGUGCCGGCGGCAGCGGACACGCUCCUGUGACAACCGAGACAGACACCAUGGAGAUAGUGAAUGAAGUAGAAGGGUCGCCCCCCUCUGCCAACAACCCAACUGGCAAUGGCAGCACAGAGAAAAGGCCAACGGUGGAGGAGCUGCUGGCCGCCGUGGAGCUGUUUCUGUCUGAAGCUUUGGUCAGUCAAGUCCAAGCGUGCUACCAGUUCAACAUCUUCCUGCCUACCAGUGCCCAUAACACCUACUUCAUUGAUCUCACUACAGGGAGCGGGAAGAUCGGGCACGGGGCGCCUGAAGGCAGCCCAGAUGUCGUUUUGGAAAUGACCGAGGCCGAUCUGCUAGCCCUGUUUUCGGGGGAACUGCGGCCCCUCGGAGCCUAUAUGAGCGGGCGGCUGAAGGUGAAGGGGGAUUUGAACGUGGCCAUGAAGCUGGAGCUGCUCCUGAAAGCCAUGGGGUAGCGGAAGAGCGGCAAGGUCUGCCUCUGUCCCCUGCGCGAGUCCCCAGCCCUCUGAGGUGCUUGUUGGCUACUUCUUUGGAAUAUAAAAUGGCACUGGCAAAGGGGAUGGUUCCUGCCCUUUCCUGCUCUGGUUCUCCCGUCUUCCUCACCCAGUUUCAUUCUUGUGAUAUUUUCCUGAGGUUCAGCCCUGUGCCGGGGACACCACGGAGCAGGAGAAGACCAAUGUGUGCUCUCCAGGGACUCCUGCCGUGUCUGUGGAGACAGGACCACCCUGGGCAACCCCAGGAGCAUGACCCGGCAAUCUAUAACCCAGUGUUGGAGUGUGCUGCUGGGAACAUUGUGUGGCAGGAGGUCAGCAGGAAGGCAGUAAUGAUCAAGAACUGCAAUAAUGGGGAAAGCUUCAGCUGGACCUUGGAGGAGGAGGAGGAGGAGAAGGAGAAAGAGGAGAAGGAAGAAGAGGGGAACACUGCCAGCUCAGCCCAGGAAGACAGGCCUCCUACAACCAAUGGAAUCCAGAAGAGGAACCAGGGGACUAGGGACAGAAGCUGGGGGCUCUGGGGCCCUGGCAACGCCUUAGAAUGGGGAGAAGGGGCUGGCCCCUUCCCCAGCAGGUCUGCAACCUCUUGGGACUGAGGGGUGUCUGUCUUCCCCAUGCUGCAUGUGAUGGGGAGGUGGGGAGGUGGGGCACGUUUACAGAUCCUGGCUCUAGACUGAAUUGUUUUUGUUUGUGUUUUAAAUUAAAAGACUAAAAAACCUGAUUUGUGUGUUUAAAAUCGAGAAAGAAAGGCAGAUUCUGUGGAGGAAUCCCAGAGCCCACCCAGCUAGUUAAAAAUCACCUGUGUUUCCAAACAGGGUAUGAAUCUCGGGUUCUCCUGCCAUUGUUUUCAUCCUGGAAGUAAAGGAGUGAAAAGUUCAGGAAAAUCACAGAUUCCAGAGUCUCAUUCCCCUGGGCCUGAUCUGCUCCUGUCUUCCCCAAGGUGGGGAAUAGUUUAGUCAAGUGGAAAAAUCCCAGGACCAGGAGCCAUGGAAUCCCAGCUUUGUUAGCAAACUUACCAGCUGGAUCUUCCACUUUGAUACUCUAGCUGUGGUCCUCAAAGUAAAGUCCAAAAAAUUGUUGGGGUCUCUGAAACCCUUUCAGAGGGUCUACAAAUUCAAAAUGAUUUUUUAUUUCUAAUAUAGUAAAUAGCUAUAAAUAUAACCCAUGUGAACAAAAACUCUUUGAACAGAUCCUCGAUAGUUUUUUAACAACAUGAAGAUACUGAGAACAAAAAUUUGAGAAUCACUGCAGUCUACAGCUUAGUUCUUAGGAUCUCAGAGAACUUCUUGGGCUACCUGCUCUUCUAAAUGGAGAAGCAGACUUUGGGAAGGUAAGUGCCUUGCCCAAAGUGGUAAAUCUGGUUAAGAAGAUGACCUAUACUUAUGACUCCUAAUCCAGUGGCCCUUUCCAGAAGAGCAAAAAGUUACCUCUGUGCCCCAAGUCUCAAAGAACAUGUUUUUGGCAAGUGGGAGAACGAACAAGAAGCAGGAUGUGGGACAGGAAGGAGCGUAGUUUAGGGGAAAGGAGAACUAUGACAUGGGUAACAUCACUCAAGAGUUUCAGUUUCUGAAAAAUAAGAAAGGGUGGGUAGAGAAGCAGAAGUGAAAGGAAACCAAAACUACUCUUGUUAGUUGUGGAGUUUGAGGGAGGGCAAUUUAGGGCUAUUUGGAAGGUGGCCCGCCUGUCCUUACAAGGAAAAGUGACGCUCCCUUCCCUUUCUUUCCACCAGAUAUGGUAUAGUGCAUCCCCAAGGUGUGUCCCCAAGGAACUUUAGUUUUCAUCUUUUAAGCUGACCAAAUGCCAAAUGUGCAAUUAUAUAGGACGUUAUUUUUAUUCACCAAACAAGAAAUUGGAAAACAUUUUUUUUAAAGACAUUUUUUAUUCUUAUUUUGUAUUUUUUUUGUGAUGUUAGCACGUGCCUGAGCAUUCUUGACACAGCCAUACUUUCACUUUUCAUUUGGAUACAAAGCUAGGGAGACUGGGAUCCAAGUCUUCCUGAAUGGCCAGGAGCAGGUCAUUAACUUCUCUAUGCCCCAUAACUCUCUGAAUUAUAGAUGGGUUCACAGUUUGCAUCAGUAGAGGGAAUCUGCACACUGAGAGUUCCUUUUAUGGAUGAAAUAGAUCUGAACCCUCCUCUUCUCUCCUGAAAAAGAUAAAAUGUUAAAACCUAAAUUGGACAGAUUUUUUUAAAUUAUUUUUUAAUUGAGAGCUUGAAUAAAAACAGGCAGUUAAAUAGCUUGAGGCUUGAGUAGAUCUUGAGAUUUAUUGAAAUGUUUGAAUCCUCCCUCACACAUUUACUAGUCGUAUGAUAUCAGAGAAAUCACAAUCUCUCUAAACUUCAGUUUUCUUCUCUGUAAAAUGAAGGGUUAUGUUCGGUUUUAAUGCCAUAUUUCAGGAAGGAUAUUGAUAAGUUGUAAGAUAUCCAGAGAAAGCCAGACAGGAUGAUAACGGUCACGCCUUAGGCCUGUCACUUAAUGCUUGAAGAGGCAAAGGAGCUCCUUAAAUCCAAAGCCACAUGUGGGGAUAGGGCACGCCAUCUUGGUAAAGCACUGAACUUUAUUAUUGUCUACAUCCACUAUAAGAACCUAAAUCCCAUUCAGUUGCUUAAUUCGUGCCUGCUCUGUAGGGACCUAAAGUUUAAUCUUAUCAUCAUACUUAGUGUUUUUAGUGGGAGAAACAGUAGUUUCUUAAAACAGAUCAGUAAACUUAAUGCUGAUCCUUAUUAAGAUAUUAAAAUAGAAUUAGCAGUCUUAGGAGAUCUGGAUGCAAGUCCCCGUUUAAUUAAACCCAAGUUAUUGGUCUCCCCUCCCCUCUCUCAUUUCAGUUCAUUUGAAAAAUAAGGGGAGAGACUGAAAGUUUCCUUUCUAAAUAGCAUUCCAUGGGUCUAGUUGAAGCAACCUUAUUUUCCCUUUUGUGAGAUAUUGUUAGAGUAUUUUUUGAUUAUACCAAAGCUUUUGAAUUUUUGAAUACUUUUGAAUUUGGGUGCCUGCCACCCAAUUGACCCACUACAAAUUGAAUUUGUAGGUCCAUCAGCAUAAUUCGCCCUUUUAUACUCACACUAAACCCCAACCAGAUUCACCAGGGGUUCACCAGUGGAACACCCAUACUUAGGUUCAAUUCUCUGUCUUCCCAAUAGAAACAAAGUUCACACCAAAGGGAUUCUCAGCUUUGAUUAGCUUCUGCCUGCCUGAUCAAGUUUAUGCCUCCUUCCUGACAAGAAAGCCCGAGAGUUUUUGCUCUUAUGUCUGCCAUGAUGGACAGUCCAGCUGUAACAUGGAGACUCAUUCAAAAUCUUUGUUAUUUUUCCUAGGUCAUUAAAGUAGUUUUUUGAGAGCCUGAUCAGUAUAGCGCUAAAUAAAUAGAUUAAUUUAGGUAGUAUUGUCAUCUUUAUUAUAUUUGCUCGCCCAAUCCAAGAGCAUUUAAUAUUCUUCCAAUUGAUUAGAUCAGACUUAAUUUAUGUGGAAAGUGUUUUGUAGUUUUGCUCAUAAAGUUUCUGAUUCUCCCUUGGCAGAUAGAUUCCCAAGUAUUUUAUACUAUCAGUAGUUACUUUAAAUGGAAUUUCUCUUUGUAACUCUGACUGUUGGAUUUUGUUAGUGAUAUAUAAGAAUGCUGAUGACUUAUGUGGGUUUAUUUUGUAUCCUGCAACUUUGCUAAAGGUGUAGAUUAUUUCUAAUAACUUAGUAGAAUCUCUGGGGUUCUCUAAAUAUACCAUCAUAUCAUCAGCAAAGAGUGAUAAUUUGGUUUCCUCUUUACCUACUCUAAUUCCUUUAAUCUCUUUCUCGAUUCUUAUUGCCGAGGCUAGUGUUUCUAAUACAAUAUUGAACAGUAACAGUGAGAGUGGGCAACCUUGUUUCACUCCUGAUCUUACUGGGUCAUUCAAAAUCUUAAACAUGACUUUUGGGUGGUUUUUGAAUGGCUGUGGUGAUGUGUGAGCUUGGCUGCUGGGCCUGCUUUUAUGAAGAGUGUAUUUCAUUAGCUUCCUUGCAAGAUUAUGGCAGUUCUUGUCGGUCUUCCUCCUGCCCCUGGCCAGCCACAAUGCUGAAUUUCAUCCUGGUUAAUAAUCACAGAAAUCUAUUUUGUCUUUUGUUGCAAAGCAAUGUUGUGAGACAAACACUGUGUGUUUGUCGCUUCUUUUUGUAGUUUGAGGCUCAGAGAAGCGCAAUGCCUUCCUCAUGGUCACACAUUCAAGCAUCAGAGCUGAGAUUGCAAAUCUAGUACUCUUGGACCUAUACCAUGAUACCCUCAAUAAGGGGCCAUGAUGGGUAGACACCCUCCCCAUUUCCUCUCUGUGCCAGAUUCUCUCUUAAAAUUACAACACAUAGAUAUAUACAUACACAUCCAUGUAGACAUAAAUAUAUAAUUCUGUAUAUGUUGACUUCGUUAGAAUAUGAGCUUCUUAAGGACAGACCCAUACUUUUUUCCUUUUCUUUGUAUUCCUGGAUCUUAACACAGUGCCUGGCAUUUAAUAAUAUUGGUAAUUUAAUUUAAUAAUAUUGAUCAUUGAUUGAAAAUCUCCUUGUAGGAGGUAGCAGUUAAAACUGAGUCUGAAAAGAUCUAAGAAUUCUAAAAGGCGAAGGUAUAAAAGGAAGGCAUUUCAGGUUUGUGCAGCUGACAAAGAGGUGGUAGAUGGAGUAAUGAAUCGGAGGGAACAGCUUAUUUGUGAUUUAGAAGAGUCACAUGGAAGUAAUAAGGACUGUCUGAAAAGUAUGACUGGAGCCAAAUUGUGAAUGGUGAAUAAAUACUAAAAGCAGGUGUGUACAAUAAAGAAUAUAGUCCCCACAAUA